CCGCUAUUCAACGGUGUGGAGUAAUUGAAAUAACGGCUACUAAUUAGUCAAAUAAUCCCAUUCUGUGGCCCGCGAAGUAGCUACCCCCCCGGCCCAAGCCCAACUGUCGGUGAAUUCACAAGGAUCCUUCACAAAUACUAGAGUAUUAUUAUUUAGAAAACACAACGUAUACUUUUCUUUUUCCCCUCAGUUUCAUAUCAUCCAAAACAGCAAAAACAGCAAAAACACAAUCUGAUUUGAUCAUUCCAAACACCAACAAAAUCAAUGGACGCUCUUUGGAGUAUUGAAGAUAAGUGGAAGUUAUCAACUUAUGAAGCUGCUGCAUUCUUGGGAUUCAGUGCUUUUCUAGUCAUUGGAAUAUGCAUUUUUAUGGUUCUCAGGAGAAGGGCAAAGAGCAAAGGAGCUGUUCAUCAAGAACCCUGCGAAAAUGAUGAAGCCAGAAAUGAAUCAGAUUGUCCUGAUCAAAAACCCUCCAAGAAUUGGGAUUCUAUGAAGAAGUUGAUGAUGAAUUCAGUUAGGUGGAGCGGGAUGACGGGCAAAUGGGAAGAAAGAAGAAGGAUCAGUGGGAAUGGGAGUCAGAGUCAAAGAGAAAGAGCUUCACCAUUGUUGGUUGUGAAAGACAAUGUGGGGAGAUUCAGUCAUAAUUCUUGUUCUGCAGUGUGGCAGAAGCCUAUAUUGAUGGGUGGAAGAUGUGAAUUCCCAAGGUUUAGUGGGCUCAUCUUGUAUGAUGACAAAGGGAGGCCACUUGAUCAUCAGGCUGCUGAUAAUGAAAUAAUAGAUGUUGGUUUUCAGGAUGAUCAGAAGAAAUCCUCUGCUUCUGCUGCUGCUGCUGCUGCUGUUAGAACCACACUGAGGGACUUGCUGUAGCAGAUUUCUGUUGUCACUGAAAUGAUGAUUCACGGGUUUUAGCUAGAAAGUUCGAAGAGUUGAAUCAUGCUGAGACUGGUUUGUAACUUCAGAAUCUUACAGGAUGAGAUCAUUAUUGUUUCCUGCAGGUUUUUGAAGCCUGAAGAAGUGAGCUAGUAGAUUGCGCAAGUUUAGACCUUCAUUCAGUUCGGUUCUUGGGUUUUUUGAUAUUUUACCCGCAUCGAUGUAAUCAGCCGGAGUGUUCAUAUUUACCUUCCACCUUGUUUGUUAUGACAUGAAAGGAGUAUGCUUUUUUUUUUCAGUCCAAUGAAGCAUUGUGUACCUGUGUAGAAGGAUGUAAGAAAUAUACUUCCAAACAAUGUUUAAUCAUGACCUUUUGAUCUACCUAGUAGGUUUCAUCCUGCAAUUACUCUGCCCCGUACGAAAGAAACAUGAAUUCAAGCCUGCUUCUCG